AUGGCCGACGACAAAGCCCAGAAUGGCUUCAUCGAGUUCGUCGACCCGAGAACCAAUCUCAAGCCCGAGCCUCGCAUCACCGGAACCGUCAAUUUGAUUGAGGAUGGAGAGAUCAUUCUGAUCCCGCGACCAACAGCGGAUCCUAACGAUCCCCUUAAUCUACCCGAGUGGCACAAAUGGCUGAUCCUUGUCAUCGUUGCCCUCUACGCUAUGACUGGUAAUUUGCUAGCCAGUGGAAUCGGCAUAUUGAUACCCCAAUUGAACGAAGUCUAUAACAACGAUCCCCACGUCGAUGAUCUAGUCACUUGGCCAGCUUUUUACAUGGGGUUAGGCAAUCUCAUUGCCAUGCCAAUUGCAGACGCCAUCGGUCGCCGCCCUGUUUAUCUGGCUUCCAAUGUGAUCCUGAUUGUAUCAGCUAUUUGGUGCUCUUACUCGGGUGGUCUGAGCUCUCACAUUGGUGGCCGCGACUUCAUGGCACUGGCAGCCGGGCAAAGCGAGGCAUUGUGUGUACUUAUUGCAGAGGAAACAUUCUUCCUGCACCAGCGUGGCAAUCGCAUCGCGUGGUUCUGCUCCCUGCAGACACUGGGAACAGCACUCUUCAUUAUUGCUAGCUCAUAUAUCAGCAACAGUAUUGGGUGGCGCUGGUGGUAUGGUAUUUUUGCUAUCAUCACCGGGUUCACGUUCUUGCUUUCCAUCCUAUUUGUGGUUGAGACCAAGUACGAUCGACCACUGGACAGCUUUUUCGGUGGGAGCGAUGAUUCCGCCAAGUUGACUGUUUCCCAGAGGCGCAACUUAGACUUCGUUAACUUCAAAAAGAGAUCAUUCUUCAAUGACCUCAAGCCAUGGGGAGCGGUCAAGCCCCAGUGGAAAGAAAUCCCCAAGUUUUGGUAUCAUCUGGGUCGACUUACCCUGUUUCCUGCAGUUUUCUGGCUCGUUCUGUGCAGUGGUGCACUCUUGGGCACAUAUAUUCUGAUGACCGCCGUCUUCGCCCAAGUCCUGAUGUCACCUCCUUACAGCUUCAACCCAAAUUACCUUGGGUUUGUCAUGGGUGGCCAGGCGGUCGUUGCGUUUGUUGUACAGCCUAUUGCCGGAUAUGGCAGUGACAUUGUUCUGAAAUAUCUCACAAAGCGCAACAACGGCGUUAGCGAGCCUGAGUAUCGACUCAUUCCCGCUAUUCUACCUUCUGCGGUUGCAAUCGUCUCAUGUGUCAUCUACGGUCGCUCGUGCCAGUACCCGGAGGACUGGGCGUGGACAGGCGUCGUCAUUCCCAUGAAUGCCCUGUUCUACAGUUUCGUCAGUGUCGUCGUCCUUGGGUUCGUCUAUACCAUGGACUGCUAUCCUCAGCGUGGUCACGUUGCAAUGGUCGCUCUGUGUGCCGGCAGAGGUUUCAUCAGCUUCGGCAUCUCUUUUGGCACCACUGCCUUUGUUCGAAAGUCUGGUUAUGACGGGGCGUUGAACAUCUGCGCUAUUGUACUCGGGAUUUUGACCAGCUUUGGCUUCGUGACUUACUUCUUCGGAAAGAGUUUCCGCAAGUUCACCCAGCGCUGGGCUGUUGACGAGUAA